AUGUCGGAGACACGUCGAGGCAGGGACCGUGCCACAGCACCGGCCUCGUCCGUCGCAACGGCGGGGGGUCGGAAGCGUGCACAGCCUGGAGCUGUACCUACGAAAGCAGCCACGGCGCCUGCCAAGUCCAAGGCGGAGCCGGCGCUGCUGGCGAACGACGCUGCGCUGGCCUGGGACGACGAUGAGGACGACGACGACGCUGCGUCGGCUGCGGACGAAGACAGCGAAGAAGAGCCAUUCCCUGAGCUGCAUGGAGAUGGCGAUGAAGACGAGGAGGAGGAUGACGACUCUGGCUUUGCCUCGGACGAAAUCGAUCAAUGGGACGACAAAGAGCUCGAGGCGCAUGCAGAUGCCGAUGCGGACGAAGACGAUUUGCGCGAAGGCGACGAAGCGCUAGCGCGGAUGAUUGCAAGGGCGCGUGUGAAGCCGGAUGAAAGCGAGCGACGUACCAACCGACUGGGCAUCGACGUGAACAUCGCCGCCAAGCUGUAUGGCGAGGAUCGGCAUGAAGAUGGAUCGAGUCGCGGACGCCUCGUGCGCUCCAAGAUCACAGGGGAAGAGAAGAUGGAGUACCCGGCCAUCGAGCCUGAGUAUGACAGCGAUUCAAGCACUGAAGACGUCGAGAACCGGGUGGGUAAUGUCCCGAUGGAAUGGUACGAUGAUCUGCCGCACAUUGGCUACGACAUCAAUGGCCGUCGUGUGCUCCGACCGGCGAAGGGAGAUGAGCUGGACAAAUUCCUUGCCUCCGUGGAAGGGGAUGGCGAUGCAUGGUUCUCUGCGCAUGACCAGACGAGUGGUCGCGACGUGAAGCUCACCGAUGAAGAGCUGGACAUUAUCCAGCGUUUGCAACGUGCCGAAGUUCCAGUGGACGACUACGAUCCGUACGAGCCUGCGACGGAUUGGUUCACACAGCACCAACAUACGAUGCCGCUCAGUGCGCGACCUGAGCCCAAGCGGCGGUUCGUCCCAAGCAAGUGGGAGCACAAGAAGGUCAUGAAGAUUGUACGUGCGAUUCGGCAGGGACGAAUUGUGGCGCAUGCGCCUGGCAAGGAACGGCCGGCCUUCUACAGCAUUUGGACCGACGCCGACGAGGCUCGCGCGGACCACCCCAUGCACAUGCCGGCGCCGAAGCUGCCGCUGCCUACGCACAUUGAGUCGUACAAUCCACCUGCAGAGUACCUAUUCAACGACGAGGAACGCGCCGAAUGGGAGGCGGCCGAGCCGGAGGACCGCAAGAUCCCCUUCCUCCCGGCCAAGUACGCCUCGCUGCGCUUGGUCCCUGGCUACGACGGUGCACUGCAAGAGCGAUUCCAGCGGUGCCUGGACCUGUACUUGGCGCCACGUAUGCGUCGUCAGCGUCUGGACAUUGACGAUCCUGAAUCACUGCUACCGAAAUUGCCUACGCCACGAGAACUGCGACCGUUCCCGACGCACACGGAUGUGAUGUACACACACACGUCGCGUGUACGAGCCGCGUCUGUGGAUCCUACUGGUGCUUGGCUGCUGACUGGCGCGGACGAUGGUCAUGUGCGUCUAUGGGACAUGGCACUGGGCCGUUGCGUUGCGACGUGGGAUGCCAAUGCAGGCGUUGCGCAGGGCGAUCGCAGCCCCGUGUACAGCGUGCAAUGGAGUCCGAACAAGCAGCAUGCGAUUGCCGCUGUGGCCAGUGUCGGCCGCGUUACCUUGCUUGCGCCGCCGCAGUGCGGUGCGGUACACACGCCUAGCCAGGCGUUCCUUACGCCGCCAGCGGCCGCCGAGGAUGCGCAGGUCGCGCGGUGGACUCGCGCGAGUGAGGCGGAUCGGGCGCGUGGUGUGUGUGUGCGCAUUCACUUGCACAGUGCCAAGGGCAGCGAGUUGGUCCCCAAGCAAGUGCGCUGGCAUACGCGUGGCGACUACUUUGCGACGGUGUGCCCUGACGCGGGCGGCGGUGCCGUGCUGAUUCACCAGGUCUCCAAGCACCGCUCGCAAGCGCCAUUCAAGAAGGCACGUCGCUCCGGCAGUUCAUCGUUUGCGGUCCAGUGUGUCGCGUUCCAUCCAUCGCGCCCUGUUUUGUUUGUUGCGACACAGCGGUAUGUGCGCAUGUACGACCUGGCUCAGCAGACGCUGGUCAAGACCCUGCAGCCGGGUGUUCGCUGGAUUAGCUCCUUGGACGUGCACCCCAGCGGCGAUCAUUUGCUGGUAGGCUCGUACGAUCGUCGUGUCUUGUGGUUCGACCUCGACUUAUCGGAGCGGCCUUACAAGACACUGCGGUACCACACACGCGCCGUCCGCGCCGUGGCCUUCCACCCACGCUACCCACUGUUUGCCAGUGCCUCGGACGAUGGAACAGUGCACGUAUACCAUGGCACAGUGUACUCCGACUUGCUACAGAACGCGCUGCUGGUGCCCCUGAAAAUUCUUCGUGGCCAUACCGUCCAAGAGGCGCUAGGUGUGCUCGGCCUGCAAUGGCACCCGACCCUCCCAUGGCUGCUCAGUGCCGGCGCUGAUGGCGACGCGCGGCUGUGGACACCAUAG